AUGACGAAAACACCAUUCACCAAACGGCAAUAUUUUAUUCAUUUUGAAGGUAAAUCUGGCGAUUUGUGUAAGUUAACACCUCAUACAAUUGCUAAAAUUAGUGAAUAUUGCAAAAAGUGGAUUGAUUUGGAUGGCGAACAAAGCACGAUCGCAGCAAAUAUUGCCGAACUUAUAAAACGUUGGUCAUUCCAUUCGGAAACGGAGCUAGUGCGAGAUGAAAUUGCUAAGGAAAUUGCAAACUUACGAUAUCACAAAGAGUGCUAUGUUCGUUUUUGUGAUAAAACAAAAUUCGAAAGAGCCGAGAAAAGAAUAAUCAAGAAAAAGGCAAUGACUGUCGAUGCAUCCACAAAAGGUGAACCGAGCACUCCUGUUGCUAACCGACCGGCACCUGUACAUGUACGUAUAUCACCACGAACAUUGAUUAGCGGUAGUGAGGGAAUUACCAGAAGAAACAGGCACGUCCUACCAGAACAAUGCAUAAUUUGUAAGAGACAGGAAACGUACAAGGUGGACAAGGUACUGUAA